GGAAUAUUGAACCUUAAUAUCAUUAAACAAUCUUUGUAUAUCUUCUGAUUCCAAAGUCUAUCGCUCUACGUGAUAAAUUACAAACAUUUUGCGCAAAGUCAACUUCUUGGAUGCAUGGUGCAAGACAGACUUCUCAAUAUCUAACCCCGCGCCUGACUGGCGGCAUAAAGCAGUAAGUUCCAAAGCUUUGCGAAGGUCAGUUUUCCGGUCUCUAUCAAACUCUUCAGCUCUAUGCUUUCCACAUGCUCUCAAAGCAAGUAAAACCAAGGAGUAAAACUAUACUACUUGACGAGACAACUCCCAAAUAGGAGACUCAUUUCAGAUCGUUUUUCACGCGAAAGUGUCAAAUCUUUAAUACUUCAUCGGCGUAUUUGCUUUGAAAGAGUCACGCGUCUUUUACGGGGAUUAAGUCUGCUCGGUGUACUUUUACAACUCGUUUCCUGUAUACAUUUUUGACGACUUUUCACAGGAUCCCCAACCUCAAUCGCGUGCCGAAGAAAACUGUGUUAAUUAGAAAGAGGGGAAGAGGAGACGAUAUGCCAUUUUCGUGUUUCUAGCACCAUUAAGAUUUUAGAGUGAACGCUUGGGAAGAAAAAUUCACGUCGUCUCAGCACACACUGCCUGUGAACGUGCGUGCAUCCGUGUAACCAGCGAUUUCCUGCUAAUUUUUUUGUUCGUCAUCUGCUGUCUGGAAAGAUAACUGCACACCAGCGUGAUGUAUUCAACAAGUGUGAAAACGUGCAUCCUUAUCAUCGCUGUCAUCCUGCUCUCACAGGAAUACCCCUCGAGUGCACAAUUACUAACGCAUCCGCCACAUCCGCCAACAACAGGGGCAAAUGGAACAGCAACUACUCAGCCUACUCUGGCUUUCCAAACAACAAAAAUUAAUAUGCCUGCAACACAGGGACCUACAGUACAGAAUGGUACAACACAGACACCUACCACACAGCUGGGACAGACAACAAAGGGUUUUGUAACACACACAAGAUCUGUGACUAAAGCUGUUACAACACCGGCAAGAACUACGGUGAAAUCAUCAACGCUGUUUCCGAUGUCUUCAACGCCCUCUCAGACAUUUGGAAGUGUCACGAUGACGGGAAGUCCAACGAUGACCAUGAGUUCGGUAUCACCUUCGAUGUCGCCUUCGUUCAGUUCACCGGCAUUUGUAUCAAUGACGUCUUCUGCUCUACCGUUUACGAGUAGUCCAGCUCCGUUGAAGUUGGUAUCUUCAUCCCCUGGAGGGUCACCGUCGGGACCUUCAGCAGCUUCACCAACUGGUGGGGUGACGUCUACUGGAGGAGUUGUGUCACCUUCUGUAAGCAAUGCUUCACCGAGUGGCUCACCAACUGGAGGUAACACUGUAACUGGGUCAGGUCAGCCGACCUUAACUGGAGGUGCAACUGUAACCCCGACUGGUCAAACCCUGCAAUCGACGCUAACUGCAGGACAGACAGGAACUAUCCCAUCUUCAGUUUCUCCAGGUAGGACGGUGCCACCGACGAUUCCUGGUACCGGGGCUCCAUUAACAACUAAAACAAAAGCUCAAACUACUGUAGGGAUGUCAACAAACGCAGGGCAAACCCAACCACCUACACCUGGACAGACUGGACAAAGUACACAAGAGGUGCGCCAUCUACAGGACCACCAUCACCAGCUCCUAUAAAAUCUUCAACCAAACAAGCAUAUACCGCAGGCACCACAGAUGCAGGAAACAUGUCAUCUACUGGAGGACUAACAACGUCUAGAGCUAAUCAGACUGUACUGACUACUGGAGGACCGACGACAGUAAAUGGUACACAGGCCCUACCUACUGGAGAGAGUGCAAGUACUACAUUGUCUCUGUUGACAGACAUAGGAAACACUACAUUCACUGAUAGUCAAACGUCACCUGAAGCCAAUCAGACUGUACAAUUUACAACAGGAGUCUCUCAAACUGAUGGACAAUCUUCAAUCCCUCCGAUGAAACUCUCAUCGAACCAACCAUCUACUCUAGGUACCACAACGUCUCUGUCGACAAAUGGUACUGUUGGGCCAACGUCAUCUACGACAAAUCAGACUGUACCAAGUACCGUUGGACAAACGACAGCAAACGGUACAAGUACAGUAGGUACAACAAAGAUCCAGUCAACAAAUGCAGGAAAUGCAACAUCUAUCGGAAUGCAAAAUCAGACUUUACCAGAGCAAACGACAGAAAACCCACAGACCAAAGGUACCACAGAUAUUCUAACAACAAUUGCAGGACAGACUUCACCCACUGCCAAACAAACAGCAACACCCGUAGAAACUACGCAGGGAGUAAACACGACACAGGGAUUAGGAAAGACAUCACCAGCGCUAGUCCAGACUUCGGUGCAGCAGUCCUCAUCGUCUGGGAAGACAGCAUCAGGAAGACCCUCAGAAGGGGCGUCCACCCCGGAGAUGCCAACCACUACUGGCAACACAACCAACGUGUCAUCAACCUCAAAGAUAGCAUCAUCUCCACUCUCCUCGAACGCUUCAAAGACACCGUCCAAAGGCCCAGGACACCCGAUAUCCGUGAUGGCAUCCACCACUGACACAGGAACAACAAAUGACAUUGGUGAAUCUCCUGGACAUCCCGUGAACAUUCCACUAAUUGCUGGGGUUACCUGCGGGGUUUGCGGACUCGUCCUCUCUGUUGUCAUUGUCUUCCUACUGUCCAAACGGAAAAGAAUACAGAAGCGAAUGCAUCGAUACCAUUCCUACGGGUACCUGAACAGUGAGUCUAACGAAGAGAGCCCUUGGCCAACCUUCUCCAAUCCGCUCUUUACAGACGCAUCCGAUACUAAGCCCUUAUACUGACAAGACAAACAGGAAACGGCACUACAUGUAGCUUCAUCGAGCUCUAAAACAUUACCAUGUUCUGAUGUGUCCAGGAAUCCUGAAUGAGAUACAACCGAACCUCUUCUGAUCUUCCAAGGUCAAGCCAAUACAACAUAUCCUCAGCAUUGACUCUACUUACAACUACUUUGGAGAUUUACAACCCAUGAUUUGUUUAAGCCGGAGACCAUUAAUUGCACUGCUUAUGUGUGUAUUUGGGCAUCUUAAAGUUACAGUGUGUCUUUCAGUCGAUUCAUAUACUGCAUUGCACUCUUGUCAAGUUUCAAAGGUUACUGAUAAAGCGGGUACUUUGAUCAGUGAGGAACUACUUUUAAUACCUCAGAAUCCACCAUUUAAAUCAACAAAGGUUUCCUUCUAAUGUUGUCUUCAAUAUGUAAAAGUCGCAAUAUGCCUUUCAAUUAAUAAUUCAUAGUGCAUUGUACCGAUGUCAACUUUCAAAGUACGUACAAACAGCGCGAAAAUACUUUGAAGACCUGAAAGUGCAUCAAUCUUAGCAAUAAAGCUUUCCGGCAAUCAUUACUUCGCACCGGAGUCAACUUUCAAACUUACGGACAAAAUGGACGCUUUAAUUAGCAAGGAAUCCCUUUGAAAACCUGAAAUUCAAUCAUUCAAAGCAAAAAGACUCUCGCUUCAACGCUUCAACUGUUCAAAGUCGCAUUGUAAAAUUUCAAAUAUAGUGAAACCUGCCUUAUUAUCAACCUCUUUAUAAGGCCACUUGUCUAUAUUAGUAAUGCAUUUUGUCUCCUUUGAGAAUGAGAAAGAAAUGAGUGUUGUAUGAUCUGUUGAGAAAAGCCACAUAUCUACUGUUUCCCUUGGCUGGCCUUAUGAUACAUGUUGACUGUAAUUCCUACUUCAUAUUGCACCUGUCAUCGCAGUCAAUGAUGACGUCGAACAACACUUCUUCGAUCUUCGAACUUUCCACGGAGAAUAUUCGCGGAUACACCAAAAGUCGACGCCCUGAAACACAAACUAGGAUUCGAGUAUUUAGUAUCACCCUCAAAAUAGCCAUAUCCCGUGAACUAGUGCGGUCACUAUUUAAGAUGUUCAGUAUAGUAUGAUUUGAUUCGAUUUUAGUUUACGAUUUCAUGUAUUAUCCUUUCAUAGAGUAGAAGAUAGUGGUAUUCGUAAGAAUGAAAUUAUUAGAAUGUGAUUUGAUUAAUACCCCGGUCAUACCAACGAGACCGACACCAGACUGACUCCAGAUCGAUCAAACAAUUCUAUUAAAUCCAAUGGCAAAAAGGUCAGUCGGUUUGGAGUUUGUUUGGCGGUGUGACAAAGGUAUUUCUUUUUCUUUUUUAAUUAUUACAUUUCUACCUAAAAAUGAAUGACACUGUGUCAAAAGGAUUUUGAGGAACUUAUACUCUACAACUUUUGCUUUUUAUUAAGUUGCUUUUUGUUACAUGUAAUUUCGAAAUUAUUUAGUGUAAAUGCAAUACAAACUUAGGCUGUGUAGAUAUCUUUAUUGUUCAUGAAUUUAAAUUUUGUUAAUAUGCUUUGUUUUGUUUGUGUUAUUUUUCAAGUGAAAUAAAAAAACUAAAAUAAAACUGUAUUAACGUGCCGAGUUAUACACAAGCUCUAACUUCUUACACAAGUGCGGGCACGAUUAUCAUGCGUAUUGUCAUUUAGUAUUUACCAGAGGAUGUAUCUAUUUGUAGAAAUUAGAAGAACUAAAGUUAUUAGGAAAGUAUGUUUACUCAACAAAUUUACAGAAUUACAAUUCUCCUUUUAAGAUAUCAUCGAUACGAUUGUGCUAUAGUUUAUAUAUGGAAUGCAGACUAACAAUAUCAUAUAUUCCCCUUAUCAAUUCAUUUGGAAUGACAGCUGGAUUGUUUAUGUUAAAUGAUGUAUAUAGUCAUUUUUUAAGUUAUUUUUAUACAACAAAUUAUUGAUUUUUGCUAAAUGUUUCUUAAUAUUGUGCUCAUACAUGAAAUGAUCCACUUUCGAUAAGCGUCUAUCAAGCCUGUUCUUGUACGUUAACUCUUAAGAUCAGAUUGGCCAAUAAGCAACAGAGAAAAUGCCAUCAGACAAAGCACUUGUCGGUAAGCUAGACGACAAAUUUACUCUGCCCCGUCUGCCAUUUUUACGAUUCUUAAGUUACCAGUGUUGGAUAACUUUAUAGUAAUCCCAUUUGCACUUGAAGCGUUGCUUCGAUUGCGUCAUACUUGCGUCAGUCAUGUCCAUGCGCCAGUGAUUCAUUUCACAUCCAUUUUUUGUAUCAUGACCACUAUCGCAAAGACUGUCGAAAAAUCAACCAUAAUUAUAUAAACCAAUUCCAAUAGCCUUGUCCGUCAUCUUUUGAAAUGAUCGAACUUUACAAAGACGUGUUACGUGAUCCUAAUACGAUUUCUAUGGAUUUUACAUGAUUGCAUUGAAAUUGACCUUGGGUCGAUUUCUCUAAAGUUUUUGCGACGGUAUUGAUGUCACAUGUACAUGGUGCGUAAAAACCGCACCUGUUAUACUGACGCAGUCCUACGUCACGUAAAGAACGCCUCUUGCGCAACAGUCAUUGGAGAUCUAUACAGUGAGAGUUGUGGUAACAGGUCAUUUCGUAAUGCAAUAAAAAUUAAAUGCACAUGAUUUUAUUACAAAUUGUUUCAUUCAUCUGUUACAAACAAUUAUCUUUCAUUAGUCAGAAUGCGAAUUACGUUAGGUAGAAGAACCCAUAGUGUUUACCCUACCUAGCAACAAUUAAUGUAUGUGAUUCGCAUUCUGACUAUUGAAAUACAAUAAUUUGUAUCAUAAUGAUGAAUGAAAUAAUUUGUAACAUGGCACUUAACAAAGAUUUGUGCAUUAAAUGUUAUUACAUGUACAUUACGAAAAUGGUCUAUUCCUCAUAACCUGUAUGAUACCCCGCAUUAAUGUUUGGCCUAAUCUCAUUAUAUUAUCAUUUGUCUUUCCUCGGUGUCUUCUAAUUGCCUGAUGAGUAAUGAUAAUUUGAGCUUCAUCAAACGCUUCCUAUUUCAAAUUCAUUUCCGCUCUGCAUUCACGUCUUUCGAGCUGUAUCCAUUAUAAUCCGACAUGGAAGUGUCUAGACUCUAAUUCUGUUUCUCGUGUUAAAUAAUUAGCAUGAUUACAGUGCAUCGAAUAAAAAUGUAAUACAAGUCGAUGUUCGAAUCUUUAUCAGAAUUAAGACGCCCCAAAAGUACACUCUUUGAAAGGAUCGUCUUUUCUACAACUGCACUUUGAUCAGGCUUCUUUCGUUGUAAUUAAAUCUAUUUCGAAAUAUUACCUAUACCUCUCGUAAAGUUGGUAUAUGUAAUAGAAUAUGUCAACACCUACUUUUAGAAAUGGACCAACCUUACUUGGAGGUUGUAAUGUUACACUACUUCAGCGUUUACAUCAUUGAAAGGCACUACACCUUGUAAGAUUUAUUUUAAAAUACAAGUAAAUGCUAAAGAUUAUCAUUUAUUGUGUUACUAGAGAGAAACUUGACUAGUUAAUGUUACCAUUUUUACUGCUUUUACAGAGAAAGAUAGCGAUACAUUUUAUUCAAAACUACUUGAGUUGUAAAGAUUGACAAUCGUGUUCAUUUUUUUAUUUUCCCCUCCCAAGUUUUUAAUUUUUACCCUCAUUCAUUCUUUCAUUAAAAUACAUGUAUACUGAUAAGAUUAAUGUGCAAUUGAACGCUUAAUACAGCUUAACCAAAAAGCAUAAGCCAAUUGCUGCCAGUGUUCUUUAUGCAUUAUCUAUUUUGUAUUCAAUAAUUUGAUGACAGUAAUGAUUGCGAGCUGUAUAUUGUAAUCACUGUUUGCAUAGCCUUUAAUUAAUGAUUAUCAUCCAGCUACGAAAUGAUGAUUUGAUGUAUAUGAAUGUCAUUUAGAUUCGUAUGCUAUUUAUAAAUGAUGUAAUGAAACUAGAAGGUAUAGAGCAACAUGCGACAUGGGAAGAAGCAAUUAAAGGGAGUUCAUUUUUCAGAGUGUCGAAAGACAUUUCAUAUUCUGAGAGGAAGAAGGAUGUUAAUAAUGUACAAUCCUGUUUGGACUCUCAGAAAACACUUUUCUUUCAUGUCAAAUUGUCAAAUUUUGAAAAGGUGUUUUUGGUUUCUUCUUUUGAAUCUAUAAAAUUGCCUGUCGUGUUGUUGUGAAGAUAAUUUUGAACCCCUCCCCCCC